CAAAAUUAUUCAAAGAGUUAGUUUACAAUUAUAGGUGUUAAGAAGACAACAUGAAAUUUUUAUUAUUGUUGGCUUUCAUUUUAAGUGUUUGUUCACUUUCUUGUGCUCUCGUAACACUUAAACUCUUUAAAGAUCCAGCUCAUCCUGGCAAAUGUGUUUAUGAUAAUUAUGUGCUUUCAGUUGGUGAGAAAGCAAAAUUGCACAAUGAUUGUGCACUAAUAGUUUGCGGAAGGGAAAGUUUUGGUGUUAUUCAAACCUGUGAUCCAAUGGAUCCUCCUCCUGGUUGCAAAUUUACGGAAUACAUUAAUAUUCAUGCUCCAUUUGGCGAGUGCUGUGCCAAGAAACUUGUGUGUGCUUAAUAAGAUUUUAGUUAUUUAAAUAAACAGAAAUAUAACAAUUAAACAAA